AUGGACCAAUUGGAAAGCAAGUUCCAGGACAUUCGUCAGGGCUCGAGGAAUGUAAGAGAGUACGGAGAUGAGUUUCACAGACUCAGGAGGUUUGCAGGGCACUACUUGAGCGACCGAGAGUUGGUCCGACAGUUCCUCAAAGGGAUGAGGAUUGAGUUAAGGAAUAGUUGCAAUGUGCGAGACUACCGCAACAUUCACGAGAUAAUCAAGAAGGCUGCUGAGCAGGAAGCAGGGUUGGAUGAAGAAUGGAAGCAGAACCAGGCCUCCCAGAACCUGGGAGUCAAACGGACCCGGGACGCAGCGCCGUCUGGAGAGGUCGCUCCGGCAAGGCCUCAGUGUCGGAGGCAUGUCUACCGAGACUGCCAGAAUGAAAGACAAGUGCGACCGGGCAGAAUCCGAUGUUACCGUUGCAACCAGGAAGGACACGUAUCCCGAGACUGCAGAGUGCAGCUAGGAGGGAACGCAGAGGGAGCACCACCUCAACAGCAGAGGGAACCAGCUGGAAGACCACGCGCAUACGUGGCUGAGGCCCCCGAGGGUCCCGAACCGAUUGCGGCGUUAGUAUCAUGUAGGAUCCGUCGCGUCGGGAGAGUGGCGGCGUUCACUCUCUUCGACACCGGGGCAACCCAUAGUUUUGUAAGCCCCGACCUUACUCGGGAGUGGACUUUUUCGGGGAGCUACAACACUCAAGUCGCGGGGGUUGGAACUGCGGGGAAAGAAAAGAUGAUGACUAAAGGAAAGUACGGGGAAGUGCCGGUGGUCCUCGCAGGCAUAAACCUACCCGCGGACCUGAUGGAGUUGGAGCUCGACUGUUACGAAGUGAUAUUGGGAAUGGACUGGUUGGCUCGGCACGGAGCUGUAGUUGACUGUGCCAAGGCGUGUGUUCGAAUUCUACUAGAUGGAAGGAGUAUCGUAUACUGGGGAAUGAAGACUAGGGCUGGAGUGUCGGUUAUAUCGAUGGCGCCGGAGUUGGAAGGUAUUCCCGUAGCAGCGGAAUAUACGGAUGUGUUUGAACCCUUACGCGGACCUCCCCCACACCGGAAUACUGCUUUCACGAUUGAACUUGAACCCGAGACCGCCCCAGUGUCCAAGGCGCUCUACCGAUUGGCACCGGCAGAAAUGGCGGAACUCAAGAAACAGUUGGAAGACCUAGUAGAGAAGGGAUUCAUAAGACCAAGUAGCUCACCGUGGGGUGCGCCGGUUCUGUUCGUAAAGAAAAAAGACAGGAGUAUGCGCCUCUGCAUAGACUACCGGGGAUGA